AUGCCACCCAAAGAUGACAAGAAGAAGGAGGACGUGGGCAAGUUGGUCAAGAAGGACAAGGACCCCAUCAACAAGUCUGGUGGCAAAGCCAAGAAGAAGUGGUCAAAGGGGAAGGUGAGGGACAAGUUCAACAACCUCGUGCUCUUCAAUGAAGCCAUGUACAACAAGCUAUGCAAGGAGGUGCCCAACUACAAGCUCAUCACGCCGGCUGUCAUCUCUGAGAGGCUCAAGAUCUGCAGCUCCCUGGCCCGAGUGGGGCUCCAGGAGGUGCUCAGCAAAGGUCUAAUCAAGCUGGUGUCCAAGCACAGAGCCCAAGUGAUCUAUACUUACAACACCAAGGGAUGUGAUGCACCAGUUGCUGGGGAGGAUGCUGAAACCCUGUCUGUUCAUUAA